AUGAGCGCCAUGACAGCAAAAACACAAGAAAUCGUGGGCAAGGACCAGGACGGCCGCGACGUCUACGCCGACAAGUCCGUGGUCGUCCCCGGCUCGCUGCGGCCGGACGGCACGCGACGGAAAGAUUUAAGAGUGCGCGCCGAGCAGCGGCCCGACGGCAGCUGGCGGUCCUUCGUGCCGCAGGACGAGGUGAAGAAGUACGCGGUGCGCGCGCGGCGGCCCGCGAACCCGCCAGGAGCAGCCGCCGGCCCGCCGCUGCCGCCGCCGCUGUUCAAGCGCGAGGCGCCGGCCGGGAGCCGCUCAGCGCGUCGCGCCGCCGCGCGCCGGCGGGCACGCGAGGCCGCGCCGCUCGCGCCCGUCGCCGAGACAGCGGAAGCGGCCGAGGCGCCGGCGCCCGCGGCGGACGCCGGCGACGAGCUGCGGCGGCGCGCCAAGGGCCUCACGAAGAAGCUCAAGGCCGUGUCGGAGCUGGAGACGCGCGUCGCCGCGGGACUCGAGCCCAACGCGCAGCAGGCUGAGAAGCUCGCGCGCCGGGGCGAGCUGGAAAAGGAGCUCGCCCAAGCGAUGGAGGCGCUCGCGGUAACUUGA